CCUCACGCCUUUCUCUGUGUACCAAUGAGAGUCUGGACGCAGCCAAUCAGAGCGCUCCUCUUCUUGACCGGAAGAUGUGUUGUUUACAUUUUCCAAGAUGGCGGCGGGGAUGUACUUGGAGCAUUAUUUAGACAGCAUAGAAAACCUGCCCUUUGAAUUGCAGAGAAACUUCAAUUUGAUGAGAGAUCUAGAUCAACGCACAGAGGAUCUUAAGGGACAAAUAGACUCUCUGGCUAAAGAGUAUACAUCAAAUGCUAGGACUCUUUCCUCUGAGCAGAAGCUGUCCAUACUGAGGCAGAUCCAGCAGUCAUACAGCAAAUGCAAGGAGUUUGGAGAUGAUAAGGUGCAGCUGGCCAUGCAGACCUAUGAGAUGGUUGAUAAGCAUAUCAGACGUCUUGACACAGAUCUGGCCCGCUUUGAGGCGGACUUGAAGGAAAAGCAGAUUGAAAGCACAGAUUAUGAUUCCACCUCUAGUAAGGGAAAGAAAAGCGACUCCAGGCAGAAGGAGAAGAAGGUGGCUAAAACAAGGUCUAAAGUGAAGAGUUCAGAUGAAGACGGCAGUCCCAAGAGUGCGCAGAAGAAAGUCAAACUCCUUCAGCCAGGGGAAUUCAACACCCCCACUUCCAACUUUGGGAACGUGCACCCCUCUGAUGUGCUGGACAUGCCGGUGGACCCCAACGAGCCCACCUACUGUCUGUGUCAUCAGGUCUCGUAUGGAGAGAUGAUAGGCUGUGACAACACUGACUGCUCCAUUGAGUGGUUCCAUUUUGCAUGCGUGGGCCUGACAACCAAACCGAGAGGCAAAUGGUAUUGUCCACGCUGCUCUCAAGACAGAAAGAGAAAAUAAAAACACCUGGUUACCCUGGAACAAAAAUGAGGACACUGAUCUGAAAGAUGGAAAAUGGAAAGACUAGUAUUUUCUACAUUAGUUAUUAGUAUUUUUUUCUCAUCUUCCUUAACAUUUGGUGCUUUUUUUUUUGGUUUACGUACUUGAUUGCCUUGGUCAGUGUGUAUGAAGGAGACUUACGGUUACAAAUGUAUUUAAAUAUUGAUUUUUUUUUUUCAAUUGUUGACAUUGAUUUGAUUUUUUAUUAUUAAUCAUCAUCGGUGCUCUUAUUAUAGUUUUUUUGUUUAUUUUUUAACAUUUCAUUUUACAAGUGAAAAAUAAACACUACAAUUGCCCCCAAUGGUUUGACAGUUCUAGUUUCAGUGAUACUGUAUAGUGGGUUCAUGUAUAAGACUACAAAAUUGGAGUAUUUUCUCUGAAAGCAUUUGGCCAUGGAUAAUUGUAUGCUUUGUUGGAUAGUUUCUUGUGCUUAGUCUUAGAACACUAGCUUUAUUUUGAAAGUAUAACAAGCAGAGUAAAAUAAUAUGAAAACAAAUGCUGCAUCCUGACAGUAUUAGUUAUCUGUGGUAGUGAGUUGAACCAUUUUAUUUUUAACAUUUGAUUGAGUGGUGUAUAGCAAGCAAGACAUUUCAUGAGAGAAAUAUUGCCAUUUCUGUAGCUGAAACAUCGGUACAAGGGAGAGGGGGUGAUUGUGUUUUCAAUCAUUUGAAUACAGCUACUACCUCAAAAAC